CACAAGUAAUAGAAAACAGAGAAAAGUAAACAGAUUCGUAAUAAAGCAUGAAACAAAGUAUCAGAAAAUAUACCAACUUAAGAAUAAAGAAAUUAAUCCCUACGCUGUAAAGAUUCAUUCAUACAUUAUAUACAGAAGCAUACACAGGCUUUUUUGAUAUAUAUAUUUAUAUAUAGAAAAUAAUAGACAUACGCAGUUCUAGCAUUUGUAUAUAAUGUUGAAGAUAAUGGAUCUGAGGAAAAAAGGGUGCUUUAUUCUUUUGCUGGUUUUGUUGGUUCAUGUGGUGGGGGGAAAUGUCGUGUUCAAUGUGGAACACAAAUUUGGUGGGCGUGGAAAGGCUGUUUUGAGGGAGCUCAAAGCCCACGACGUCCGUCGUCACGGCAGAAUGCUCGCCCCAGAGGACUUCCAAUUGGGUGGCAACGGCAAUCCCACUGGUUCAGGAUUGUAUUUCGCUAGGAUUUCAAUUGGGACACCUUCCAAGGACUAUCACGUUCAGGUCGAUACAGGAAGUGACCUUUUUUGGCUAAACUGUGCGGGCUGUAACAAUUGUUCUACAAAAACCACUCUAGGGAUAGAGCUGACGCAAUAUAACAUAUACGCGUCAACAAGUGGGAAAUCUAUUACCUGUGAGCAAGAUGUUUGUGCUGCUACGUUCGAAGGAGAAUCCUCAGAGUGCAAGGUGGGAAAGCCAUGUAAAUUUGAGGUUAAAUAUGUAGAUGGAACCACAGUUGAAGGAAACCUUGUACAGGAUAGGGUUAAUUUAGAUCAAGUGUCCGGAGACUAUAAAGCAUCACCCCUCCAGGGAAACAUAGCAUUUGGGUGCGCGUCUAAACAAUCUGGAGAUCUUGCCGGUUCAUCUAAAAGUGCAGUUGACGGGAUAAUUGGUUUUGGAUCAUUAAACUCGUCCCUCAUCUCACAGUUAGCUGCUUCUGGAACUGUGAAAAAAAAGUUUGCACAUUGCCUCGACGGAGUUAAAGGAGGCGGCAUAUUUGCUAUUGGACAAGUAGUUGAGCCACAUGUAAACUCAGUCCCAUUACUCUCAAACAAGUCACACUACACUUUACCUCUCGACCAUAUUGAGGUCGGGGGUCAAGUUCUAAACAUUCCGACUUACAAAUCUGAGUCGAAGUCCAGUCAGGCAGCGAUACUUGAUAGUGGAACAACCUUAGCAUAUAUUCCAAGCAAGGUCUAUAAGGCUCUCAUUGACAAGCUUAGGGAAAAGCAACCAGAGUUGAAGAUUCAUCGGUUUGAAGGUGUUCACGACUGCUUUAAGUACAGCGGAAAGAUUGAUGACGGUUUCCCAGCUGUAACAUUUAAGUUUAAGGGAAAUCUUUCUUUGACAGCCUAUCCCCAUGAUUAUCUUCACGAAAAUGAAGGUCAAUGGUGUUUUGGUUGGCAGGACGGAGCGGAGGUAUUGAAGGAUGCAGAUUAUACUUAUCUACUAGGAGUGUGGCACAUUUGAAGAUGGAGAAACAAUUUGGUACAUGGAGAUGGCUCCUCAAAAGGAAACUUUGGUUUUGCAUCAUGGGCCUUUUGCGCCAGGAAUGACACAUUUGAAAUGUAUUCAUGCUAGUACUAAUAGCAUCUCCAAUGCAACAAGCCUCUAUGUUGAAGCUAAAGCAAUUGAACAGGGCAUAGAAUUUUGCCUCAAAACUAUUUGUCUUUAGUGGUGGAAACUGAUUCUUUGGCAAUGAAAAGGAUCAUUGAAAAUGAUUGAAAGAUUCCAUGGAAUAUUAGUACGGAAAUGAUAAGGAUUCAAGAAUGGAAGGAAACGGAAGGGAUUACUAUUGGGAACCAGGUGGCAGAUAUUUUAGUUAACAUUGUUUUCCAUUUUGCAUGUUCGAUAAACUAUACUCAUUUUGCAAAUCUACCCAUUAGAGCAAGAAAUCUAUUAAACAUAGAUAAGCAAAGAGUUUCAAGGCUAUGUUUUCAGAAGGUAAACGACACAAUGCAUAGGAAUGCAAGUCAUACAAAUCAUCUAAAGAUAAGAGGCCUUUGACAGGUUGUUACAAUACAUAAAACAAGGUUCACAAUACAAAUGUACUAGAAUAUGUAAGUUAUAUACUAACCUAUUUGACUGAAUUUCCAUCUCCUGAAGUUAGACAGUGGUAUUAACUUCUUUGUGAGGGUCAACCUACUUAAACGACGGAGAAAAGUUUAGUUAAAUAGACCAACAUCGAAAGUAUCUCAAAGUUGUGAAUCUAGUACAGAUUUGGCUGGAACCUUACCUUGAGUAGAUAGAUUUGACUGUAUAAAUCUAUACUUUGAAGAAAUUUUCAUGUUUGGGAUCGAUUACCAUAACAUCAGGUUAGAGCUUAUUCGGAUGUCUUGAUGUGGAACCUACCCAAAAAGGCGUAGAAUGUUAAUAGUAAAAACUCUUUUUGGCUCUAAGCUAGUUUUGGUUUGCAACUAUACAAAUUAUAUUGGCGAGUUGAAUCGAUACACUCACCUUGAAGCAUCAGAUCAACAUCUUCGCAUUGGAGUUUCAUUACUCGGGCAUUGAAGAAGAGAAGCUCAACAAGCCAUGGAAGCUUCGAGACAACAACUAAACUAUACUUUCCUCUGUUCUUUUGUUUUUUCUUGCUUUUUAGAUUAGCUUUUGGGCUUUUGUUCCUUUCUAUUUUGGAUCGGGUUUCCAGUUGGACCUGCUUCAUUUGCUUGUAUAGUUUUGAAUUUCUAUAGAAUAAAAGAGGCUCACGGGUCUCAUCAAAAAUUUGUUUUAAAAAAAAA